AUGUCUGUUCUCCCGGAGACCGCGACAAGCCCCCUGAACGAUGUCAACACCCAAAUAGAGGUUCCCAAAAGCCCAACGAAAACACCUGCGACGGACAACGCGGCUACCAGAAGACACACAAAAGGCCUUUCAUUAAAUUUUCCAGUCCUCUUACCUGCAAACGGGCAGAUUUCGCAUUUACGGUCUCCAUCCACUAGUUCGGGGAUCCAAAGCCCAAUCGAGUCCGCUCUAUCCUCUCCUCACCCACGAACAGCGCCAUUCAAGAGCCCUGAUUUAAUGCACGAAAAACAAGAAAAGACCAAUACAAAUGGAAGUGCGGAUUUCCUGACUCUUCUUGCCGCUCAAGAGAGGAGAGUCCUGGAGUUAAAAGAAGAGCUGCAAAAGGCGGAGGCAGAUUUACUGCAGCUCAAGAAACAAUGGGCAUCGUACGAGGCGAAUAAGAAGAGAGAUGAAGUGAAACAUAUCAAGAAAUUACAGCCUCUGGCAUUGGAUGAUGUUGCUGGCCGGCACCCAAUCGCGGAAGAGGAAGUGGACGAGGAGCGACGGAGGAAACGAGCCCUCCUGGAGAGGAGCAAUACAAUCCACACCAGCCUUGGAAACAGUAGGACAAACAACUUGGGAAGGAAGAACUCCAAACGCGUGUUCGAAGGAAGUAGGCACGCCAGAACUUUGAGUCUUCUAAGCCCGACUACUGGCAAGCCAGGGCAUGCCGCCACCACCAACCCGACAGAUGAUGUGACCACUUUGCCUAAUGCCCGGGAAGCUGAAUCCGACACUGUGGUGACGAAAUCUCCAUUGCCUCAAAUGUCAAAUCUGGACGGACUCAUGUCGGCUGAUUAUCAACUGGGGUUCGGUCAGACAUACAAACAUCUCGCCGCUCAUCGAAGAUCUUUACCCCCGGCGGCCGCGGACUUGUUGGUCAAACAAGGCAAGCAAGUAUAUGACGGGUUCAGAGAGGGUCUAUGGACUUUCUUCGAAGAUAUCAGGCAGGCAACAGUGGGAGAAGAAGGUAUAAGUGGAACCGCAGCACAGCAGCGUCCUGUGAGGCCGAGGGAAAGAAAGGUGACACACAAGUCUGAGCCUGGAUCCGCAAAGAACAGCAACCAAUCACUCUCAAACAAUAGCCAACAGUCAUCGAAAGAGCCAUCAUUCUGGAAGGAAUUCGGUUUGGAUACGCCUCAAAGACCUGGGUCAACCCAAUUGACGAAAACAGACCAAUCCAAUGGCCACAGUCAACAAAAGAGCAGUACGGACUCGACGAAUCCACCGAGCCUUUUACCCGAUCUUAACGACAAUGAUGAUGUUGAGGAUGGAUGGGAUGCUUGGGAUUCGUCUGUCAGCAUCAAAAGCCCGCACGUCGUCGACGAGACAAAGAAGACAUCAGGAGAUGGCUUACCUUGGCCAGAGAUUCAGAAGCUCACUCCAAGUAAAUUGACGAGAACAGUCAGCGAUCUAAUGAGAGAAUGGGAUGCCGGCCAAGAGGAAGGGAAGGCCCCGGCUGGCGCCCAAACUGAUCUACUCGACAAUCCACAUAUGUGA